AUGGCUGAAGGGGAGCACCUGAGAGUCUCCACCACCCCACCACCCACCUCCAGCAUGAAAACCCUAAAGAAACAGUGGUUAGAAGUACUGAGCACCUACCAAUAUGUGCUCUGUUUCUGCUUCCUGGGCCUUUUCUUUUCCCUUGCUGGCUUCCUCCUCCUCUUCACCUCGCUCUGGUAUCUCUCUGUUCUCUACUUGGUAUGGUUAUUCCUGGACUGGGACACACCCCAGCGAGGUGGAAGGCGUUAUCAGUGGUUGAAGAACUGGACUGCUUGGAAACACCUGAGCGAUUAUUUCCCCAUUAAGCUGGUGAAGACAGCAGAGCUGCCCCCAGACAGGAACUACGUUCUAGGAUCCCACCCACAUGGGGUCAUAGCCAUGGGAACCGCCUGUAACUUUGCCACAGAGGGCACUGGUGUCUCGCAGUUCUUCCCAGGGCUUCGGUUCUCAUUGGCCACGUUGAAUUUUCUCUUCUACCUGCCAGGCCAUCGAGAGUACUUUCUGUCCUGUGGAACAUGUUCUGUGAACCGUCAGAGCCUGGAUUAUGUUCUGUCUCAACCACAGCUGGGCAGAGCUGUGGUCAUCUUGGUCGGAGGGGCCAAUGAGGCCCUGUAUGCCGUCCCAGGGGAGCACUGCCUCACUCUCCGGAAUCGGAAAGGCUUCGUCCGCCUGGCACUGAGGCACGGCGCCUCCCUGGUGCCCGUGUACUCCUUUGGGGAGAAUGACAUCUUCAGAGUUAAGGCUUUUGCCCCAGACUCCUGGCAGCAUCUGUUCCAAGUCACCAUCAAGAAGCUCCUGGGCUGCUCUCCUUGCAUCUUCUGGGGCCGUGGUCUCUUCUCAGCCGAGUCCUGGGGCCUGCUGCCCCUUGCCAGACCCAUCACCACUGUGGUGGGCCGCCCCAUCCCGGUGCCCCAGUGCCCGCAGCCCACCGAGGAGCAGGUGGACCACUAUCACACGCUGUACAUGAAGGCUCUGGAGCAACUGUUUGAGGAGCACAAGGAGAGCUGCGGCCUCCCGGCUUCUACUCGCCUCACCUUCAUCUAG